CAUCGGCCCACGUACGGCUGUUCCGUGCUGCCAUAGCCUCGUCCCGUGUCCGCACGCUGGCAGCCCUUCUCCUCGACAAUUCCCAGCGCGCAUCCGUCGUCCGAUCAACAAACCCGUAUCCGUGCUCGUGUCUGCGAUCCGUCGCGUUUUGCAGUUGCUCGACUGCGACUGCCUUUCAUCAUGACCAGCAGCCCCACGCCUUCCGUCUCCGCCGCGGACAACAGAGUGCGCAAACGCGUUUCCGCGGCCUGCGCCUUCUGCCGCCGCCGCAAGAUCAAGUGCAGCGCCGAAAGGCCCUCGUGCGCAGCCUGCAAGACGUACACUAGAGUCUGCAGCUAUGAGGAUGCCCAACACGUCCCCAGGCCGGCCCGUGUCCGCCCGCCCAAGUCUUCUGGUCACGUGGUUUCCUCAUUCACCCCCAACUCGGCUUCUGCAUUCACCCCUGUUGGCUCGGAGCACCUGCGCCAUCAUGGCAUUGCUGAUCACUCGCUCAGUGCUCCUCGCCUCGGCACCGAGAAUGGCUUCUCGAGCUACCGUGCCCGCAUGAGCACCUUGUUCGACGAGCACGCCCACCAUGACCGUUCUGCUGUUGAGGCACGCUCCAAGAUGCCAGAGCAGUGGAUCGAAAAUGGCCUUGUUGCUGAAGCCACUCGUCAGCGCCAGCUCGAAGGCUUUAACCUCCAGCGAGGUACCCUAGACUUCGAUGGCCUCGAUCCUGACCUUGGCAUGCAUCUGCUGAACCUACACUGGAACCGCCAGCAUCACUCGUUCCUCGUCACCUACCGACCAGCUUUUAUGAGAGAUAUGGCCUGCGCAGGUCCGUAUUUCUCAAAGCUUCUUCUGAACGCGAUCUACUUUGGCGCAUCCAAAUUCUCGCCUCGUCACGAAGAGGUCCGUAGCGUUGCCACCGACGUUCGAACUGCUGGAUGGCAGUUCCGCAACCGUUUCCGUCAGCUCCUAGGAGAUGCCUUGGAUAAGAGUGAGAUCACCACCAUCCAGGCCCUGCUGGUCAUGACCAACUCGCUGUUUGCCCUCGGUGAUGAACGCAGUGCAGCCUGGACAUAUGCAGGCAUCGCAUUCCGCAUGAUUGUUGAUCUGGGCCUGCACGUGGAUACGUCCGAUAUUGCGAGCACCAGCAGCCAUUCUGACCAAGACUGCGAGGUUCGACGACGCGUCUUUUGGUCUGCUUUUGUCAUCGACAAAAUCCAGAGUCUUUAUCAAGGUCGGCCUGUAAGCAUCAGAGAGUCCGACGCCCUUGUACCCCUCAAGUUCCUUGAUACGUACGAGGAGCUCGAGCAUUGGUCGCCCUUCGCCUACAACAUCGACAGCUAUCCAGGCUCUCCAUCCUUCAGCGUGUCCACCUUCAAACAGCUCUGUCUGCUCUCGAUCAUCCUCAGCGAUAUCAUCGGCAACAUCUACACCGAGAGUAGGCCCAAUGCCGACCUCACUACCAAGCUGCACAGCAUCCAUCAGACCCUGGUAUCCUGGCGAGACAACCUGCCAGAUCACCUUACCUUCACCCCCACAAAGACAUCCUUUACCCCUCCGCCUCAUGUCAUGAAGCUGCAUGCGCUGUACAAUGUUCUGUUGGUCCUCCUCCACCGGCCAUUUGUGACUGACGCCCAUCUUCUCAACAUCCCUCGCACUAUAUCGGUCGGCUCCCUCAAGACAUGUGCAACGGCUGCGAACGAUAUAGUGGACCUUAUGCGUGCGUACGACAAAGCCUUUGGCGUGCGAGGAGCUCCCUACUUGAUAUCCUAUGCUGCUUAUGUGGCAGCGACGAUACAUGCGCGUAUCGCUGCCAACUCGAGCGCCGACUCUCACGCCCAUAACAAUCUUGUGGCAUGCUUGUGCGUGCUUCAUGACAACCAGCAAGCAAACCGGGCAGUACGGCGUGCGAACGCAGUCAUCCAGGACCUCCUCAAAAGGAUGGGAUUGGAGGUCCCCAAUCUGGACAAGACCGCAUCUUACAAGAGCGCCGACAUCGAACAACAAGAGAGCCUUCAAACACCCGAUGUCGAUGGCAUUCUUGAGAAGUUCACCCGAGUGCACGUCAGCGCCCAGAAAUCGCAGCCAGCUGCGGACACACGCGAUUCGACUGAGGUGGCUACAGCCGUCCCAGCACAGACCAAUGGUGAGGUCUCGGGGGCAGACGCUGACGGACCGGUCGAUGUUCCCAUGCAAGAUGCCCACCAUGAAGGUCUUCAAAAGCAAGCCCAACAGGCUGCAGCAGAUCCGAAUGUUGCGGACGAUAUACUUUACGGCCUCAACGGGCCCGCGUUGGACAACUUUGCCUUCUUGGACUGGGAGGCGCUGUGAGUGGUGUUUUGUCGAACUCUAGAACGACAAC